UGAAAGUGAAAGCGAUUUAAACCUGGAGUCGCCAUUUUGUCAGGAAACACGAAUAUGAGUCUGGAAAUAUAAAAAGAUAUUUUUAUUGCCAGUCGUCACGGAGGUCGCAGGUGGCUGCUCCACGUCCGCUGGGACGGACGGCUGGGGAACGACCUCCGCGACGUAUGGCUCGUCCAGCUCCAGUAUCUGCGUGGUCAUGCGCCUAACCAGCUGGUAGAGGUUGGCGCGCACCACUCCCAAGUGAUACCCGUCCUCCCGUAGGGACAUCGCCAUCAGGAGUUCGCAGCUGUCGGUGGCCAACCUCAGCGAGACGGGGUCCUCCUGGACAUCGGGCUGGAGGAGCCAGUAAUACACCUCCUGCAGCAGACCGAGACGUUGGUCCUUGGUCUGCCGCGGUGCCUCUUUGUUUGGGUCUGUCAUUCUGUCACGAUCGCUGACCAGGGGUAAGGCGAGCGGGCAAGCGAGCGAGCAGGAAACAGGCAAGGCAAGCGAAAUAGGGGGAAAACGGGGGUUUACUUAGGGCAAGGGUAGGACGGAUUACAGGCUUAGACAAACAUCAAUGACAGCCAAGGGAAACAGGUAAGACCAGGACUUAAAAUAGGACAGGACUAACCAAGUAAUUGGAUACAGCUGAGUACGAUCAGGGAAGCACACGUGGAUAAUCAGGGGGGCGUGGUACACACGAGGAUCGUACGAGCCGGGCAUGACACCAGCCAAUCAGAAAAUAGCAUCUGUUUUUUUGGGGUAAAUUCCAAAAUAAGUUACACGUGAUCGCUGCAAGAACAUUAUUACAUAGAUGCGCACAUGGAGUGCAGACAAGGUGGGAGUGGAAGAGCAGGAUCCGAUGUUUGGACGGGUUGUGCUCCCUUGUCGAAACGUGCUACCGUAAUGCACACCGACGGUUCCGUGGUUCAACCGAACACGGGCAAAAAUUUUAUUUGGCAAUACAAUAUCAGUGUGGAAACUUUAUUCUGCAGUACAGUUAGAAUUUUUGAAGUAGUCACGUUUGCAUUACGUGAAAUAACAUUUCAUAAUAAUGACUAAUGAGAAUCACAAUGGUAUUAUGAAAUACCAUUUAAAGAUUAUACGUAGGAUGUAUCUAUUAACCCUUCAUGUUCACAGAGGUCCCAGCAGGAAUCAACUGGUCUGGAUCGGCACAAUAAUGGCGGAGAGAGGAAAAAGAAGAGCUGCUUCUGAAAUGGGCCCCCCUGUGGGGCGUAAGAGAAAGAUCCCUGAGAGUGUCCUGAUGAAGAGAGCAGACUCCCCUGUACCCAGCUGUGUUUCCAUGAAGAGUGACUGGUCAAUGGGAAAUCCACUCGACUUCAGAGAGGGACCUUUUCCUACAGAUCAAAGAGAUCAAAUGGAAGAUUGCAGUUCAGAUCUACAUGAUAAAUCGGGUUUAUCAUCCAUAUUGAAGUCACUAGAGGAAAAAGCCAUGAAGUUCCUAAAGGACGAGCUGAAGACGUUUGUGAGGCAUUUAGAUCAGAAUUACCCAGAAUGCUCUGAGCCUCAGCUGGAGGAGGACAAUGACCUGGACUGUGAUGGUCAGAUGCAGAAGACCAGUGUUAGAGAGGUAGCUCUGAAGAUCACUCUGUACAUCCUGAGGACCAUGAAGCAAAAUGAUCUCGCUGACCUGCUGGACAAGAGACAGCUCAUGCUGCAACAUCAACAGGAAAUGAAAUGUAAACUUAAGAAGCAAUGUGAGUGUGUAUUUGAAGGGAAAGCUAAGGAAGGACAGCCAACACUUCUCAGUGAGAUUUACACAGAACUCUACAUAACUGAAGGUGGGACUGGAGCAGUCAAUGAUGAACAUGAAGUGAGACAGAUUGAAACAGCAUCCAAGAAAAGGCGAACAGAAGAUACUACAGUCAAGUGCAAUGAUAUAUUUAAACCCUUAUGUGGGCGUGUGACUCCUAUCAGAACUGUACUCACUAAAGGGGUGGCAGGUAUCGGGAAAACAGUCUCUGUGCAGAAAUUCAUUCUCGACUGGGCAGAAGGAAAAGCAAACCAGGAUGUUCACUUCAUAUUUGCUCUUCCUUUCCGGGACCUGAAUUUGAUUAAGGGUGAAUACAGUCUGAUUAAACUUCUUCACCACUUUGUCCCAGAACUGAAAUCAUUUCAAUCCACUGAGCUGUUUAGGUACAAAGUCUUGUUCAUCUUUGAUGGUCUCGAUGAGUGUCGCCUUCCUCUCGAUUUUCAGAACAAUGAGAGCUGGUUUGAUGUAACAAAGAAAACGUCACUGGAUGUGCUGUUGACUAACCUCAUUAAGGGGAAUCUGCUCCCAUCCGCUCUCCUCUGGAUAACCUCCCGGCCAGCAGCAGCCAAUCAGAUACCUGCUAAGUGUGUCCACCAGGUGACAGAGAUACGAGGGUUCAGUGAUGCCCAGAAGGAGGAAUAUUUCAAGAAGAGAUUUAAUGAUCAGAGCCUGACCAGCAGGAUUAUUACACAUGUGAAAUCAUCAAGGAGCCUCUUCAUCAUGUGCCACAUACCUGUGUUCUGCUGGAUUUCAGCCACUGUGCUUAAGAGGCUUUUUAGUGAGACUGACAGGGGAGAAAUUCCGAAGACUCUGACUGAAAUGUACACACACUUUCUGAUCUUUCAGACAAGUUUAAAAAAUGACAAGUAUAUGAAAGACCAUGAAACUAAGCUUAAGGAAUACAGCAAGGAAUUCCUUUUAAAACUUGGUAAACUGGCUUUUGACAACCUUGAGAAAGGAAAUCUCAUAUUUUAUGAGCAGGAUCUGACAGAGAAUGGCAUUGAUAUCGCUGAAACUUCAGUUUACUCUGGAGUGUGCACAGAAGUCUUUAAAGAGGAGUAUGGAUUGUACCAGGAGAAGGUGUACUGCUUUGUGCAUCUGAGCAUCCAGGAGUAUCUCGCUGCUUUAUAUGUGUUCCUGUCAAACUCAUCAGCUGACCUGCUGAAGACUGCAGUGGAUCAGGCAUUAGAGAGCAAGAAUGGACACUUGGACCUCUACCUCCGCCUCCUCCUGGGCCUCUCAACAGACUCCAGUAAGACUCUGUUACAAAAACUACUGGAACAGACAAGAAUCAGCUCACAUAACAUUAAGGAAACAGCCCAAUACAUCAAGGAGAAAAUACAGGAGAAUUUAUCUCCAGAAAGGACCAUCAACCUGUUCCACUGUCUGACUGAACUGGGUGACAAUUCUCUAGUAGAGGAAGUACAAAGAUACCUGAAUUCAGGAAACAUUUCAUCAGAUGACCUCUCACCUGCACAGUACUCAGCUCUGGCCUUUGUGUUGCUGAUGUCAGAUGAGGAGCUGGAUGUGUUUGACCUGAAGAAAUACAUCAGAUCAGAUGAAGAGCACUGCAGGCUGCUGCCUGUGGUCAAGAACUCCAGGACGGCUCUGCUGAACAGCUGUGAUCUCAUAGAUAAACACUGUGAAGUGCUGUCUUCAGCUCUCAGAUCAAACUCUUCCCCCCUGAGAGAGCUGGACCUGAGUGACAAUAACCUGAAGGAUUCAGGAGUGAAGCUGCUCUCUGCUGCACUGGGGGAUUUACACUGUAAACUGGAGAUAUUGAGGGUGGGUCAGUGUGAACUCACAGAGAAAUGCUGUGAGGCACUGGCUUCAGCUCUCAGAUCAAACUCCUCACCCCUGAGAGAGCUGGAUCUGAGUGACAAUGACCUACAGGACUCAGGAGUGAAGCUGCUCUCUGCUGGACUGGGGGAUUUACACUGCAAACUGGAGAUACUGAGGCUGUCAGGCUGUAGAUUCACAGAAGAAGGCUGUUCUUCCCUGGCUUCAGCUCUGAGGUCAAACUCCUCACACCUGAGAGAGCUGGACCUGAGCUACAAUCACCCAGGAGACUCAGGAGUGAAGCUGCUCUCUGCUGUACUGGAGGAUCCCAGCUGUAAACUGGAGAAGCUGAACGUGGAUCACGGUGGAGAGUGCAGGACCAGACCAGGCUUACAGAAAUACUCCUGCCAGCUGACGCUGGACCCCAAAACAGCAAACAGAUUCCUGUCUCUGUCAGGGGGGAACAGGAAUGUGACAGAGGGGGCAGAGCAGCCAUAUCCUGAUCAUCCAGAGAGAUUUGACAGCCGCCCCCAAGUUCUGUGCAGAGAGAGCCAGACUGGCCGUUGUUACUGGGAGGCUGAGUGGGAUGGAGAUGCAGUCCUGAUAGGAGUGACUUAUAAAGGUAUCAGGAGGAAAGGAUGGAGUUAUGACUGUGGGCUUGGAUACAGUGACAAGUCAUGGAGUCUGUGCUGUAAUACUAACAGUUACUCUGUCUGGCACAAUAAGAAACAGACUCUCAUACCCAUAGAGCCCUCAGGCUCCCGCAGAGUAGGAGUGUAUCUGGACUGGGGGGCUGGUGCUCUGUCCUUCUACAGAGUCUCCUCUGAUGGACUGACCCCCCUGCACAGAUUCACCUCCUCGUUCACUGAGUCCCUCUAUCCAGGGUUUCGGAUUUAUAGUGACUCCUCAGUGUCACUCUGACGUGUUGCUGGUUCUCCUGGCAAAAGGGUAAAAUCUCUGCUUUUUAACCUUUAUAAUCCUUUUUACUCUGAAAUGUAUAAAACUGUGCAAAAGUCUAGGCAGGCAAAGAAAAUGAUGUCUAGAUUAUCCUCGUGUUGGUGUAAAACUAUGAUAUGAUGCCUGUCAAACUGUGUCAGCUUCGCCAUUUUGGAACCUCUGCUAAAAUCAUCCUAGUAUUUGCAGUGACCGUCCAGUGCAGCCAUGUAUUUUUUGACUUGGCCACUAGCACACCUCAUACAGCUAGUCAAUCCCUCACUGACUUUUUACAGUUUUUCUAAGUUUGUUUGGCUCAUUUCUUGAAACAGAAAUUACAUUCUUAAAACUAUAAGAUCAUUUAGCCAAACGGUCUUACAGUUCUGCGCAACAUUACAGCUCAUUAGCAAAAGUUCAUAUCUCUCCCAAAACUGUUCACACAUGCUUCAAAACUAGAUUCCUUUCCCAUAUAAAGAGUCAGUACCAUCAAAAUUUCAAAGAUCUUUCUCAAUUGCUUUGGCUCCUUUGCAUUCACUUAGUGCUUUUGCCAAAAUAACCUGGAUGGUUCAGCACAACACCAUGGAUCAGCUGCAACAGCUCAUAUCUCUCCCAAAACAGUUUACCCAGUGUCAAAACUAAAUUCCUUACUCAUAUAAGGAGUCAGUGCCCCCAAAAUGCAUCGUCCCUUUGGCAUGGUGUGAGCACUGCAAGUCAAAAUGCCUAGAUGUUUUGUCACUAUGGCAGAGGUCUAGCUAACAGAGUACAAUUAUGUAUAAAACUGAAAAAAAGGAUUUUACAGUAAGAGCAGCCUCCAAAGUUUGACAUCACACACGCUGCACUCAUACUGCCAAGGAAAUUGUAACAAUUUUUAUUCAGACACAUAAAGUAACUUCCAUACAUUAGAGUACAUAAAAAGAAGAUGUAUACAGUAUUCUGUACAUGAAUGAAAAAUAAACACAAACAAAAAACAAGAAAAAGUAUAUCUAGCCUACAGUGCUAUAAAUAAAGUUUCACAACUACAGUAAGACUUUCACUGCUCGCUGUCGCCACCCUCCCUCUCCUGGCCACCAUCCUCAUCCUCCUGGCCACCAUCCUCAUCCUCCUGGCCACCAUCCUCAUCCUCCUGGCCACCACCCUCCCUCUCCUGGCCACCAUCCUCAUCCUCCUGGCCACCACCCUCCCUCUCCUGGCCACCAUCCUCAUCCUCCUGGCCACCAUCCUCAUCCUCCUGGCCACCAUCCUCAUCCUCCUGACCAUCCACACACUGCUUUCUGUCUGGCCAUAGAUUUUCAUCCACAUCGCAGUGGAUAUUUUCCCUUGCGAUGCAGCGAGGGAAGAAACCGUGCGAAUGUCUAAACCAUCCCCUACACUGAUCCCCUGUGAUGUCCUCGCACGCAGCAUCCAUUGUAUGGAGCAGGGACCUCUGGUCUUGAGCCCAAUGUUCAUACACUCUCCACCUCCAAGCGGAAGAAAAACUCCUCAAUCCGAUUGAGGAAAGGAGAGUAUGGUGGUUGUAGCUCCAUGAGCAUUCUUGGAUGGGUAGUGAACCAGGCCCUGAUAAGCAGGCCACAGUGGAAAUUCACAUUGUCCCACACGAUCACAUAGUGUGGUAGGUGAGACCCUUCGAGACCUCUCUCAUUUUCUGGGACCAGAUCAGUAUAAAGACGGAAAAUGAGGAGCUUUUCAGUGUUGUAUGGGCCUAUACUGGGGAUGUGUGUGGCCACACCAUUCUCAGAUAUGGCAGCACACAUUGGUAAAUUGCCCCCUCGUUGGCCUGGGACAUCCACCGUGGCUCGCUGGUCAAUGACAUUACGGCCACUGAGUACAUACCUGUUUUUCUUGCGAAAGGUAUGGAUGAUGGGGGAGACUGUAGAAUGAGGCACAUUAGGCUGCACUCGGCGACCUGCCUCUGCCAUUGUGAGGUGAUGGUUGACAACAUGGUCUAUAAUUGUGGCCUGAAUUUCAUCGGGGACAGCAUGGUGUCUUCGUGCUCCUCGGCCUCUUCCCCCUAUUCCACCACCACGCAUCCUCACUCCUCCUCCUCUUCUUCUUCCUCCUCCUCUUUCUUGAGCAGGAAGUUGCCCUUGUUCAUUUACUUGGCGAGGUACCUCCAUGUUCAUACUGCAAUGGUACUAGCCCUGGCCAAGCUCUAUAUAUACAUGUGUGGCCGCAUUCACAACCAUAGACAACACCAGUCAGGUAACUAAACAUACGGUUUGGUUGGUGAUCUGAGAUGUGGGAAACUCCUCCUUCGUUACAGUUUUUCUCAAUUGCUUUGGCUCAGUUCUCAAAUAAUUUUUUUAUUUCCCAAAACAUUAAGUUCAGAUCUCUGAACAAUUCGCAUCUUUUUCACAUCAGAUUGGAAUUUCUUAUUGAUUUGAGCAAAUUGCAAAUGCUUUGGCACAUGUGUGCAAAGAGUACAUACAACUGUCUGCAGUUUGGACAACAAAUAAUUGCAUAUGGCUUGUUGAUCAAAACUGAUGAGUCGAUUCUCACUUACACUGUCAAACACUUCAGAACUUCUCAGACAUUUUUUAUUGUGUAAGCCAUCACAUUCAAAAUGAUCUAUUCAAUUAUCAUAAUUAGUAUACAUGAAUGUAUAUUCUAAAAUAUAUCUAACAUUGACAUUGUUUGUAAUGUCUGCUACAUUGGCACAUGCCCUGUAAUUGCAAUCGCAAUCUAAUUGCAAAGUACCUCUAAUAUGACUCAACCAUUUAACCAUUUAACCAAUCAACUUUGGGAGUAUAUAUAUGUAGAUUGCCCACAGCACAAUCACUGCUGUAGAAUGUUUUGAGAAUGGAGGACGUUCACAACGCUGAACUGCAGCAACAUGCUCGUGGAAGAGCAAUUGGAAGGCGUGUAAGAAUACGUGGUGGUGGUAGAGGAAGAAAUAAUCGAGGAAGAGGUGGAAAUAGAAGAGUCAGAGUCUCUGAUGAAAUCAGAGCCACACUUGUGGAUCAUGUCAUAAAUCAUGGUUUUACAAUGGAAGAGGCUGGUCGAAGAGUACAGCCUAAUGUAAACAGGUCCACAGUGUCAUCAAUUGUGCAAACCUUUCGUAGGGAAAACAGGUACAUAUGUAUUUUUUUGUUUUACAGUAUGUAAAGUAUUUUUACAGUAUAAACAACAAUAUUGUAAAGGUAAAUGCAAGUCUAUUUGUUCAUUCUAUAGAACUGCACGACAACCUCGCGCUGGUGGCAGAGCAGCAGUAUUUAACCAACUGCAAGAACAAGAAAUUUGCAACAUGGUCAUAGCCAACAAUUCCAUCAGGCUAAGAGAGAUCCAAAGUGCAAUCAUAAAUGACAAUGAGGUCUUUGCAAAUAUUAAUUCUGUCAGCAUUUCCACCAUAGACAGAGUUUUAGAAAGACAUCAGAUGACUAUGAAACAGCUCUAUAAGGUGCCAUUUGAGAGGAACAGUGAAAGAGUCAAGGCAUCGCGCUACCAGUAUGUCCAGGUAAACCAUUGGUGUGCACUUAGUGAGUUUUCCUGUAUUUCUAAGAUGCCUGUAUUACUUUACUGUAAGUUUCAGAAACCCAUAAGAAAAUACAUUUACUGUUACAUUUUUUCCUGUGUUCCUUCAUAGAGAAUCAUGGAGUUAGAACUACGUGAAACGACCCACAUUCUUGUUUUUGUGGACGAGGCUGGGUUUAAUCUGUCCAAAGGCCGGAGACAUGGUCGCAAUCUCAUUGGACACCGAGCCACAAUUGACACACCAGGCCAACGUGGGGCCAAUAUUACAAUGUGUGCUGCCAUUUCAGAGAACGGUGUGAGCACACAUAUUCCACACAUUGGGCCCUAUAAUACCCAACUUCUCCUGGCCUUCCUAAAUGCACUUUACAGAGACCUGAUUCCAGAACAAGAAAGUGGUUUGGUUAGACCACAUUUGCCUAAUUAUGUUGUUGUCUGGGAUAAUGUCAGUUUCCACCGAACCAACAGUGUUAGUGACUGGUUUGCUGCACAUGAAAGGAUAACAGUGGAAUUCCUUCCACCAUACUCUCUGUUCCUAAAUCCAAUAGAAGAGUUUUCAGCAGUUUUCAGAUCAGUUCAGAUAGAUAAGUUUUCAGCAUGGAGGUGGAAAGUGUAUGAUCAUAGACCACAAAAUCAGAUGUCUUUGUUGGAUGCCAUGAAUGCUGCAUGUGAGGACAUCACAGCUGACCAUUGCAGGGGAUGGGUGCGGCAUUCAAGGAGAUUUUUUCCACGGUGUGUGGCAAUGGAAAACAUCAGAUGUGAUGUUGAUGAAAAUCUUUGGCCUGACCAACGUGAGCGACAAGAUGUCCACCAAGAAUAAUUUGUUUUUUUUUUCCCCAUGAAUGUUAUUUGUUGUUUUUGUGUAUUUGUGGUAAUACACAAAUAUGAAAUGUAAAGUGAAAUCUUGUUACUCUUGUCAGUUACUUUACAUGUACAGUAAUAAACUUGUAUUGUGUAUAUACACGUGAAAUACAAAAAUAAACACUGUACAAAUACAAA